UCUGUCACACUACAAAUCUAACCUCAACUUUAUUUGAUAAUGGGAGAUAUUAGAUAAAAUCACGAUUCGUAUUUAUUUUAGGUAUUUUAUUGUUGUUGAGUUAUACAAUGUCAUCUCGCAAUAACUGGUUUCGUCAGGCAAUACGAAAAAACACACCUCCUAUAGGUGAGAGGAAAGCUGCAAGGUAUAAACGUCUUCUCGCAAUCGGCUAUGCCGUUUUAGCCUGGCAUGCCUUCGCCAUAGGCUGUGUCUACCUUUAUCGACGCAAAAUGUACCCCGAGGACUCAAAAACAGACGAGGAAAAGAAACUAACUACAGGUCAAUACUUUGCCGAAAAGUUACAGGUAAAGAAUCCUCAAAUUUACAGAGUAGAUGGGUUUAGUGUUAAAAAAAUAGAGCCUCUGGAAGGACAGAAAGUUGAAUCAGAUCAAGCAACACUUAACUAAAUUAUUUACUAAAAAAAUGGGAAAUGAAAAAUAAAUAAAUCACAAAAAUACAUGACACUAAGCGAAAAUAAAAAGAACACAAGACAAAUGGAACUGAACAGGAAGCAAAGUAUACUGAGUGAUCUAUUUAAGAAACAAAAAUAUUUAUAUAUAAAUCAACUGUUUUGUCUCUUUUAAAAAAGUUACUUAAAAGUUUGAUAUUCUUUUAAACAGAUCUCUCAGAUUCAUUAAUAUUGUAUAUUGUAAAUAUAUUUAAAUAUGAAUAUAGCCUAAAUGUAGAUA